AUGUCAACCGCUCUGAUUCUAUCGACCCUGAUAGUCAUAUCCUUGACCUUCAGCUCGGUAGCUUUGAGCCUUCGCCAGCAUGAGGUUCCUGACGACCUCAUGGAGCGCGGCUUGAAUGCCAUAGGCAUCGAUGCGAAUACUACUAGAGUGAGAAACGUGAGAAUAUCCGGCUCUCAAUUUCGCACCAAGUCCAUGAUAACCACGAUAGCUUUGGAUGGAAUGGAUUCAACAGUUGUUCCAUAUGGUAAUCAGACAAUCACAUACUCCUAUGGAGAAGGCGGCUUGAAACAACGCAUUGAUAGAUUUGCUGGUUUGGGAACCCUUUGGGUGUUCGCACGACCAGCGCUUGAGCCUAUGGACUACUCCGUGGUAGUGCAAGAUGGCGAGGAUGGAUCCGCUGCCGUAAUCAGGGGUAGUUAUUCUCUGUUCGAGCCGUCAGGUGCUCCUGAAGGCUACUUAGACGGAUACCUCGCGGCGUACAUGAUUACUGACAGCCACAAGUGGGAUCCUCUUUUAGUUAGUAAGAUCUCGGCUGGUCAGUUCACUCUUAGUUCCGAAACAGUUGAAGGUGAUUUGCUUCUUCCAGCAGUCUUCGAUCUGUCCCUGAACAUAUCAGUCCUCUUCGAUCCUGACACUUACCUGCCCUUCGCUAUCCGCACAUACGAGGAUCAUCCCUUCUUCGGCCCUUCUACGAAUGAUUUGCGAGUGUACGACUAUAUCCGUGUCGAUGGACUGAUGAUACCCCGUCAUUUCAAGAUCAUAUACAAUAAUAAGCGCCUGAUUACCGACUUUCUUGCGGAUGAGGUAUCCGUCAACUCUGACGUCGAACCAUCAUUCUUUAACGUCUCGGCAGAACGUGGAAAUCUAAACAUCCCCGUUGUCGAUCCUGCGCUCACUGCCUAUAUCGGAGAGAAGUACGCAAAUUACCUAUGGUUUGGUCGAUUCAACUUCACAGCUAUGGAUUUCGACGCACAACAACCCUACACAGAUAUGCCAGGGGUGUGGGUGAUCCGAAUGCCUGGCGUCGCAAGUUAUCGACAGAUACUGCUCGAGACCGACAACUAUGUUGUUGUUCUAGAUGCUCCAAGUGAACAGGCGCUGGUCCUACUGGAAUGGGUUAGGAUCAAUAUUGGAAAGCCAGUGUCACAAAUCUGGCCUACACACCAUCAUCAUGAUCACGCCCUAGGUGUUCCAAGCUUUGUCGAGAUAGGAGCCGAGGUUGUCAUUCCUAAGAUGGCUCAGUCAUACUAUGCCAAUAUUCCUGGAGCUAAGUUCGCAACCUAUGAACGCGGUGCGCCUUACAUUGUUCAGACAAGCGAUUACAGGGCUACAUUCAUCCACGUUGAGGGUAGCAUUCAUGCUCAAGACCAUAGUGUCGCCGUGAUCAUGCCUGCCUGCCCCACCAAUGACAGCACUGUUCUAGUGUUCGAUGCCGAUCAUGUAGUUCAGGCGCAGCUGAUGGCAACUCACAACGACCACAACGAGCUCAGCCAGCUUGUUAAUGCCAUGGCAAAGCAUCGUGUUGCCAAGUCAGCGUUGCUUGUCCCUGUUCAUGGUGAGCUGUCGAACAUGACUACGAUUUAUAACAGCAUGGGAUAUGUAUUCCCCGAGUACAAGCCACUGGAUUUUGAGUACCUGAGUAAUAAUUGCACAGCCUGA